AUGCUGAUGAGGAUGAAUUACCAGGUGCUCACGAACGAGUGCGCUCAGUCCCGUGCGCUCACUUCCGCCAUAUACAUUCCUUUCUCUCCGACCCCUCCUCCCUCCCUUUUCUUCUCUCCCCUCCUCUUCCCCCAACCGCCUGCAGUGCGCCGCGCCUAUCCCGCCAACGGCGCUGCUCCCCUUGCUGGACCCCGCCUUCCCGCGCACCUCUGCGGCGCCUUUCCUUAUCUCCUCACUCUCCCCCUUACAAUCCUUCGUCUCCCCCUCCUCUCCCCUUUCUUCUCCCUCUCCUCCCCCCUCUACCGCCUGCAGUGCGCGGCGUCCAUCCCCCCCACCGCGCUGCUCCCCCUGCUGGACCCCUCCUUCCCCGCGCACCUCUGCGGCUCCUGGCACUCCGAUUACGCCGCUCUUCACUCCCGCAUCCGCGCUGCCAGCGUUGCUCAAUAUGCCGCCAGCACCGCCGCUUCACACACUGCUGACGGUGCAGAUGCAGGAGUGACAGGAGAAGCAGGAGAAGCAGGAGGAAGAGAAGAUACACCAGCACCAGCAGCAGCAGCACCGCUGUCAGCCCCACUACCCUCCACCAACUCCUCCUCUACGUCCCCCACCGGCCCCCCUCCCCUCCGUUUCCUCACCUACGAUUGGCUCGACCAAUGCGGGGGCCUCGGUGACUCACUCGUGGGCCUCGCCACGUCAUUCGCCGUCGCGCUAUUGGACGGUCGGGCCUUCCUUAUCCGCCACGCGUGCCUGCCGUGGGCCUUCCAACCCGCCCUCGUGGAUUGGACCCUCUCCCCUGAUGUCCCCCUCUCCCCCGCCCGCGCCAUCCCUCGCGAUAAGCUAUCGGACAAGAAGCACUGGGAGGAGUGGCAGGGGGAGGUUCAACCGGGGGAGGUGCUACUGCUGGAUCUGCUAAAUCGGAACGUGAACCCGGAUUGGUUCUUUCUGGACGGCAAAGGGGGUGGCAUGAAGGGUGGCAAGGCGGGCGGCUUGUCUCGGAACGCAGUGAAUGUGCGGGUGAGGUGGAAUCGGGGCAUGCUGACGAGGAUGCUGGCAGGGCCAUGGAGGGCUGGCAGGGCGAUGCAGCAGCAGCUGGUGGCAGGCUUGGCACCAGGUUCGGAUGCCGGACCUCUGGUGACCGUCGGAUUGCACAUCCGGGUUCCAGAUGCUGACGUGGCAUGGCAGGAGCGGGCUGCGCAGAAGACACAAAGGGAGGGCGGCGACACAGCAGGGGCGACAUUUGCGGAGGUGGCAACAGGAGAUGUGCCUAUGGUGAACGUGACUACAGCGAAUGUGACUCUAGCGAAUGUGGCAAUAGGCGCAAAGGAGGAGGCAGCAUGGAUGAAAGCCGUGCGGAAGUGGUUGGUGUGUGCUGAGCACUCGUGUCCGUCACCCCUCAUCUAUGUCCCUUUCUCCCUGCAACCUUUCUCCCUGCACCCUUUCUCCCUGCACCCUUUCUCCCUGCACCCUUUCUCCCUGCACCCUUUCUCCCUGCACCCUUUCUCCCUGCACCCGUGCUUCCUGCACCCGUGCUCCUCAGCAGGCCCGUCAGGCAGUGCUUUGCUUGUGGUUGCCGCCGUCCCUCUCCACGCAAUGACUGUGGGACUAAUUUUAGGUCGCCUCAAUAGCUCCGCGCAUUCCUCCAUUCCACCCCAUCUCUCCCUCUACCUCCCUCACGCCCCAUCCCCCCCUCUCCCACCAUCCCUCCUCUCUCCCCAUCCCUCCCUCUCUCACCAUCCCACCAUUCCACCCGUCCCACCCGUCACGCCCGUCACGCCUGUCACGCCCGUCCCACCCGAUAGGCAGUGGAGCGCUUCUGGCUGCCGCCGUCCCUCUCCAGGUGUGCGCCUGAGAGGUGUGCGCCUGAGAGGUGUGCGCCAGAGAGGUGUGCGCCUGAGAGGUGUGCGCCUGAGAGGUGUGCGCCUGAGAGGUGUGCGCCAGAGAGGUGUGCGCCUGAGAGGUGUGCGCCUGAGAGGUGUGCGCCUGAGAGGUGUGCGCCUGAGAGGUGUGCGCCUGAGAGGUGUGCGCCUGAGAGGUGUGCGCCUGAGAGGUGUGCGCCUGAGAGGUGUGCGCCUGAGAGGUGUGCGCCUGAGAGGUGUGCGCCUGAGAGGUGUGCGCCUGAGAGGUGUGCGCCUGAGAGGUGUGCGCCUGAGAGGUGUGCGCCAGAGAGGUGUGCGCCUGAGAGGUGUGUGCCUGAGAGGUGUGUGCCUGAGAGGUGUGCGCCUGAGAGCCCCCUGCAUGCUGAUGUUCUCGGGAGGAUGCGCAGCGGUGUGUGAGUGUAUGCGGGGGUGCAGCGGUGGGCGCAGCAGUGUGACUGUGCGUGAGGUGCAGUGGUGGGCGCAGCAGUGUGUGACUGCUUGGGAGGCUGCGCAGCGGUGUCUGUAUGUAGGGUUGCUGCCACGAUGA